CCUCCGUCACCGCGGAAAGUCCUACAAUGAUCCUGUGCCGCUAGAGGAGCGCGCGCCCUGCCUUUCUCCACAGUUCAGGGAGGGGACACCUGCGGGGACCGAGGAUCUUUUGGAGAGCUCCAGUCCCCAGGAGAUGGAGACCUACAGCACCUACAGGAGGCUUCUGACCUUCACGGAGGGUCUCGACACUUUCCCGGAGAGUCCACAUGUGGCGGAGUUACGCGCCACGCAAGAGCCGCUCACUCUGGUUCCCAGGAGCGAUGUGGCUCCAGCGGGGCUCCUGGCGGCUCAGUUCUCGUCCUCUGAAGCGCCCGCUCACCGGAUCGUGGCUUUCUGGGAUUCACCCUUGAGUCACUGGAUUAAUGUGUUUGUUGGCAUAGUCCUGUGCUUCACCAUGCUCGGGCUGGGCUGCACGGUGGAGCUCAGUCAGCUGGGCGAGCACAUCCGCAAGCCCAUCGGAGUGCUGCUGGCGGCGGUGUGCCAGUUUGUGCUGAUGCCCCUCAUCGCCUUCCUGCUGGCUCUUGCCUUCUCGCUCAACGAUGUGGCCGCGAUGGCUGUGCUGCUGUGCGGCUGCUGCCCCGGAGGAAACCUCUCCAACAUCAUGACUUUGCUGGUCAACGGAGAGAUGAACCUCAGCAUCAUCAUGACCAUCUCCUCCACUUUGUUGGCGCUCGUGCUCAUGCCGCUGUGUCUGUGGAUGUACAGUCGCGCAUGGAUCAACACACCAGUGGUGGACCUUCUGCCCUUCGGCCCCAUCAUUCUGACCCUGUGCAGCACCCUCAUCCCCAUCGGCCUUGGCGUCUGGCUGAGACAGCGCUACACUCACGUGGCAGAAGUCAUCAUCAAGGUGUCUCUGUGGUCUCUCCUGGUGACUCUGCUGAUGCUCUUCAUCAUGACUGGCACUAUGCUGGGCCCGGAGCUGCUGGCCACCAUCCCUGCCUCCGUCUACCUGGUGGCCGUGCUCAUGCCAAUGGCCGGCUACGCUGCAGGAUACGGCCUUGCCACGCUCUUCGACCUCCCCCCUAACAGCCGCAGGACCGUUUCUUUAGAGACCGGAUGCCAAAACAUUCAGCUCUGCACUGCCAUUCUGAAGCUGGCGUUCCCCCCGCAGCUGAUGGGUGGCAUGUACAUGUUUCCUCUGCUGUACGCUCUCUUCCAGGCUGCAGAGGCUGGCAUCUUCAUCCUGGUUUACCGCAUGUACAGGAAAGAGGUUUUACACAAACAGGACCUCAUGGAAGACGAUGAUGAUGACACGAAUGUAUCCUACAAGAGAAUGAAGGAAGAAGAUGUGCCGUUUGAUUCUACGUAUGGCGCGGUAAUAGUGAGCGAUCCGAAUGUCAUUGUGCUCGAGUCACAGGAUGGUGCUGGAAGUCCUACGCCUGUGUAAAGACACACAAAAAACUACUGGAGUACACUGGACCUGUGUAUUUACAUUAGGAUUGAUCCAUUUCUUUAGUUUUCUAACUAAUCACUCGCAGAGUUUUAAUGAUAACGUGCCAAAAAUGAUCGCAAGACUGUGAAAAUGGAAACUAAUAUCUUGACAUCACUCAGAGGUGAUAGUAAAGUUAUUCAAGCCAAUGUUUUAAUGCUUUAAAUCUUCAUAUAAACAUGCUAAACAUUGCCAUUCAAUGGAAUUUUCUGAAAUUAGCAUAAAAUAUAUGCAGUUUUCAAAAGCAAAUGCACAUGCUAGGACUAAUAUUAUAUGAAAGUUACAAAUAUUAUAUAAAAAAAGUGUAAGAAAUAUAACAUUUUAUAAAUUAUUCUCUAACGUAAUAAAUAAAUUUGAAAAGUAUAUUUUAAAAAAAUCAUCAUAUUGGAGUAACUCAAAACAUUUAGGGAUGUAGCUGUGGUCAUGAUGAUCUACCGAAAUUCAAACCAAGCAUCAGAAUGGAAAAGCAUGGUGAUUUAGGCGAGUUUGAAUGAAUGUGAUUGUAAUGUUUACAGAGAAUGGUCCAAAAACAGAAAAAAAUGUGGUAAGUUAGUAGUUCUAUGAGUGAUAAUCCUUUGGCUGUAAACGAGGAGAUUGAUCAGACUGGUUGAAGCAGACAGAACGACAACAACAUUGUAAUGUCUGUAAGGUAUUGAAGCAGAUGAGCUACAGCAGCAGCAGAAGAGCAGCACACAUCUGUCACAUAUCGGUGCAAAAUUUGGCAUAUAUAACAUGAAAGCAUGCAUUCAUACAGCCUUAUAUCAAAGAUUCAGGUGCGGUUGGUGUUGUAAUAGUGUCGGUGAUGCUUUGGUCCUGUUAGUACCAACUCUGCAUCGCUUAAUAACCACAGUAAACCAACCUUGCAAAGGAUACUAUUCAUUCACAUUUGCAGCUGACGUCAGAACAGCAGAAACCAUUACUAAUUCACCAACGUCACUUUAGAGCUGGUAUUUGAAUGAUUCUCUAGGGUAAUGUCUAAAGUGAUGACGAAACAGAUGUAAAAUAAGGCUGAACGGCAUGAAAUGCCAUCAGUCUACAGAGGUUUCCCAGUAUUUCUCUGUUGCAAUUGGGAUAAUUGCAAUAAUUAACCCCAAAAAAGCCAAAGCAAAGCAAGCACUACCAGUGCCAUAAAUACAGUACUACAAAAUACAAAAGAGAGAGAUCGACUCAGAAUGUCACUUACCUGAUUUAUAAUGAUUUCUUCAGCUGUAGUUUGAAAUUUACGCUGAGAAAAUGCUGUUUUUCUCCCCUAAGGACUUUAUUAUAUGGUCUCUGUUGCCAUCUUGAGGCGGAACGUCAACCGUUUUCUUUGGUUUGCUCAGACAGGCUGAUGAUGGCUGAUGCAUUGAAUCCGAUGUACCGAAAUGAUAAAUAUUUAAAAUAGACACUAUCCUUAUAAAUAAACUGCAUAAUUGCAAUCUAAACUACAUUCUCGACAAAAAAGCCUCAAAAGUACAUUAUGUUGUCCAACAGCAGCAAUAUUUUCCAAACUGUAGAGUGUCCCCUGUUUGUCGCUGUAUAUGGAUGGAGUAAUAUGCAAGGGUAAAGCGUUAAGUAACGAGUGCUGUUAUUUGCAGAAUAUCGCACGGCUAUCAGCCAAUCCAAUUCAAGAACCAGACAGAACUGUUGUAUAAAUAUAUACAUAUAUAUAUAUAUAUAUACAAAUCAUAUAUUUCAUAUAUUUUUUGCUAUAAAUUUACGAAUAAAUGAAAUUAUUCCUUAAUUUCGUUAAUUAAAUCAUAUUCAUUCAUUGAGACAACGUAACACUUUCAGAAUGUCACAGAGUUAUGCAAAUUAUGCAUCAUAAAUAUAGAUUGAUGCUGCUGUUUGUAAAUGAAUCCUGCUAUUACCUCAGUAAAUGGAUUACAUUGGCUUAUUUGAUUAUGAGGACCCAGAGGAUGAGAAGACUGAUUUUCCUGUGGUACAGUAUGGAUGCCUUAUCUUGCACAUUGCCCACUGUCAGUCUGUUUCUACCUCCAAAACUAGCUGGAAAUGUUUGUUUAUUGAUUCUAAUGGGAAUUAUAAAUGAUUACAAAUGCUUGAUAUUUGAUCACCAACACCAAAGGCUUAAAUCAUUUCAGCAUUGGUUCUUGACAACUGUGGUUUUAAAAAAUUACAAAAGGUUUAUUCUAGACGAGUCAUCAUGUUUCCAUGAUUCUUGAUAUUCCACCAUUAUGCAAUUCAUCUCUGUAAUCAAAAUAAAAAAUAUAUAUUGUACAUGUUCAUCAGUAUAAAAAU